AUGGGACGUUGUUGCAAGCAUUGCGGCUCGACAGAAAUUGAUGAAGAUGCGGCAAGAGGAGAUGCCAUUUGCAUGGGAUGUGGUGUCGUGCUCGAGGAAAGCAUUGUCGUCGUCGAGAAUCAAUUCACUGAGUUGGCCGGUGGUUCACACGCGCUCGUUGGUCAAUUCGUCUCGGCUGAUCGACAAAAUCCAAUGGGAAAUCAGGACUCUCGAGAACAGACAUUCUACAAAGGAAAGAAACUCAUUGAAGAGAUUGCCAGUCAGCUACGCAUCACCAUGCACUGCAUUGAUACUGCUUUUAAUUUCUUUAAGAUGUGUGUUUGUCGUGGUCUUACUCGAGGACGAAUACGAUCUCAUGUUGUUGCAUCUUGUUUGUACAUGACUUGUCGUUUGGAAAAUACCGGACAUCUACUAUUAGAUUUUAGCGAUAUUACACAGGUAAAUGUCUAUGAUCUCGGAAGGACGCUAAGUUUUCUGGCACGAGCUCUUCGCAUAAAUUUACCCACAACUGAUCCGUGCUUAUACCUUCUCCGAUUUGCUGUUAUGUUGAAUUUUGGCGAGAAGCAAAAAGACAUUGUGACGCUUGCGACACGUUUGGUACAAAGAAUGAAAAGAGACUGGAUGGCGACGGGUCGGCGACCAACGGGUUUAUGUGGAGCGGCUCUUCUUUUGGCAGCUAGGGCAAAUAAUUUCAAUCGAACCGUGCAAGACAUUGUCAAAGUUGUCCACAUCUCGGAACAGGUUGUGCGGAAAAGGCUUGAUGAAUUCGCGCGAACUCCUUCUGCAAAUUUGACUGUUGACGAGUUUUCUGCGGUGGAUUUGGAACACUCUGAAGACCCACCAGCUUUUCGAGAAGCCCGAUUGAAAGCUCGAGAGGAACAAAUAAAGCGAGAGGAAUUGAAAAUCGAGCUGAUGACAAGAGAUCUUCAACCUAUGCAAGCCGAAGUAGAGAGGGAGCUUGACAAGCGAAUGCGGGAGAAGUUUAAGAAGACACCAUUUGCUGUGAUUGUUGGUGGUUCCCUAGAAGAUCCAGAGCUUGGUGAGGUGGCAAAUUCGUUGGUGAGGAAUCAAAUCAUUGACACCGCUUUUGAUGAGGCUGAGCCAACUCCUGGCCCAUCUAGUAGUAUCAAUUGGAAUGCUUUUGGUCUGACCCCGGAAACAUUGGGAAUCGGCAGGGUGAUAGAGACAAACUCUAAUGUUAUGGUACCUCAACAACCACCAGCACAACUAUCCUCACAAGAAUCUGAGGAAAGAGAGGAUGGGGAAUUGGAUUUGAGUGGAAUCGACGACAAUGAAAUUGAAACCUACAUCUUAACGGAAAAAGAGGCCGAGGUGAAAGAACAGUUCUGGAUGAAAGUCAAUUCCGAACAUCUAAAAGAAAUGGAAAGGAAACAACAAGAACGUAAAGAGCAAGAGGAAAGAGAUCGGUUAGAUCCAAAGAAGAAAAAGAAAAAGCCAAGUCGAAAACGAGAAGAGAUCAAUGCGAACGAUCCAUUGGAAGCAAUAGAAAAAGUUAUUCAGGAAAAGCGCCUCUCCAACAAAGUCAACUACGACAUUUUGAAGGAAAUUGAAAGAGGAACCGAGGGACUUCAACCAUCGUUUAUGACAAAGGAAGAGAUUGGAAGGACUCCAUCGGAAAUUGUGGCCGAGGUGAACAGAUUAGUGGUCGGUUCGAACAUUGAAUCCGUUGAUGCGAUGGAAUCACCAAGCAUGGAAUUCGCUGUGGGUCGACCUGAAGUGACAGGUCUCAAGCUGUCUAGGUUGGAGGCAGCUCGACGUCGGAAAGGUCUUCGUGGACGAAUGAUUCCGAUUGAAGAAGUAAAGGAUCAACUCCUAGAUGAUAAAAUGGCAAUUCUUACUUCGGCAAAGAAAGAGCCUGAUGAUAUAACAGCUUCAUCAAGCAUGGAUGUUUCUGGUAGCACUGAAACAAAAACAACGCCGGGAACGGGAACGGAGCUGUCUAGACGAAAAAGAAUUCGAGGACGAGUAAUCAAUAUGCAAGAGGUAAAGAAGCAGCCUCUAGAAGGGAAAGAGAUAAAUGAGCCAGAAAUGGUGAAAGAUGACAUUGAAUCCACAGUUGAUGAAGUUCCUAUCAAAAUGGACCAAGUCCCUGGGAUUAAAGUUGAAAUCGCCAGUUCACUGUCCAAAUCGGCAGCCCUCAAAAGACCAAGGAUUAAACCAAAACCAUCACUAGCUAAA